AUGCAAAUCGAACGAAAAUACUCAAAUUUCGAUGUGCUAUUCAGACAGGCCCGUUCAACCGUCAACGAACUGUGGAGACUGAGUAAUGCCCAGUUCCACACCCGCAAACAGAAAUCUUUAUCAAUAAACAGCUUAAACAGUCUCCUCUCUCAAGCUACACUUCUGCUCACGGCAAGACUGGAUCUGCUCGACAAACUCAGUGGUCGGCGUGAGAGUAGACGUCAGAAGGUGGAUGCACUGGGCUCAGAACUGCGACAACAAAUUUCGAGGAUACAGAAUCCUCCUGACUGCAGUCAGUCCCGCUUCGCUCUGGCAGAUCUGCGUUAUAGCUGUGGUUUUGGAUGUUCUGCUCACCACAUGGUUCUGAAAUUUUCAUUUGCUUUCGCAACCAAUCGCACGUUACUGCUGCAGCACAAUGACUGGAAGGAAUUUUUCCUGCCGUUCUCUAACUGCUCGCUAAAUCACACCGAAGGACUGUCGAACGUCCCUCGUCUUCAAAACAGCCUUCCGAACAUAAACAAACUCUAUUAUCCCCCUGCUGUGCCAAGGCAGUUGUCAGCGAAACUAGGUAAGUUACUAGGCGAUCCCUUUCCGUGGUACCGUGGACACCUGUUGAACUAUAUACUUCGUCGAAAAGAUCCGACGCUGCGACAGGAACUAGAAAUGUCCUUGAAGAGCAUGAGGAAGGUUUCAGAUGCCGAAUCAUACGACGGACCAAUUGCCAGCAUACAUAUUCGUCGAACCGAUAAACUCCAUUCUGAGGCAAAGUUCCAUGCAGUUGAGGAGUAUAUGUUUCAUGUUGAACGUUUCUUUGAGUUAAAGGAGGUGGAAUAUGGCUUGGAAACUGGCAGUACAAGACCUCCACCGUGGUCUAGAAGAAGACGCAUCUUCUUAGCUUCUGAUGAGGCAUCGGUUUUUCAGGAGACCAGAUCGCGAUACCCGAGAUAUGAAUUUAUUGGUCAACAGAGAAAUGGGAGUGUGGAUAAGAGUCGUUUUUCUACCGCAGGUGUGUAUGCCAUCCUCGUGGAUUUGCAUCUUUUGGUGUCGUCCGACUUCCUCGUCUGUACGGCCAGCUCCAAUGUUUGCAGGCUCGCCUACGAACUCCUCUUGAUAAAGUCACCGAUUCAUGGUGAUGCCGCAUUCCAGAUGCAGUCCAUGGAUGAGAUGUAUCAGUGUCACCAAUCGCAAAGUCGCUGGUGGAGAGCCAUUGCAGACUUCAGACUAGAGGGCGUCAAGCUAGGAGACCUUGUGUCUAUCUCAUCAACAAAGUGGGACGGCUUUGUCCUGGCGAAAUGGAAGCUGCCUACAAAUCGUGACGCUGCACUGCCCGCCUAUCUAUUUGAAGAGAUUGUUCCAACCAUCUAG